AUGUUUGCGAGAUGUGCCCGCUCCACCUCAGCUCCAUCACCAUGGCUGUCCUCUACCGCUCGGAAGCUACGCCCUCUGCCAUCGCCUUACGUCCCUCGCAGACAGCCUCUCGCAAGCAGAAGUAUCACAUCACAGGCUGAUGUCUCCUCAUCAUCCUCAGCACCGGAGCCCAAACCUUACUUCGUCACCACACCCAUCUUUUACGUCAACGCAGACCCCCACAUCGGGCAUCUCUAUUCCGACGUAAUAGCCGACGUUCUUGCACGAUAUCACGGGUACAUGCGAUCCGGACACUCCCGACAUGAUCGCUCAGGCGAACUUGUUCCUGAUUCAGACGCUCCUUCAAUCAUCAUAACACCACUCCUCAGCACUGGCACAGACGAACAUGGACUCAAAGUGCAAAAAGUAGCCGAAGCGGCUGGAGAAGACCCGCGCUCCCUCUGCGAUCGUAUCAGUCAACGCUUCAAACAGCUCGCGGAUGCCUCCAACAUCAACUACACCCGCUUCAUUCGUACUACCGACCCAGACCACAAGUUGGCUGUCGAGCAUCUCUGGCGUGUCCUGCGCGAUCGUGGUCACAUCUACCAAGGAAGUCACGAAGGAUGGUACGCCGUCUCGGACGAGGCCUUCUACCCGGAAUCGCAAACCAAAAGUGUCGUCGAUAAGGACGGAAACGAGGUCAGACAGAGUAUCGAAACGGGAGCAAAGGUCGAGUGGAGUCAGGAGGUGAACUACAAGUUUCGACUGUCCGAGUUUCAACAACCGCUGCUGGAUUGGUUGAGGGCGAAUCCCAAGUCGAUCCAACCUAGGCAGAAGUGGGAGGAGGUGGUGGCAGAGGUGGAAGGAGGCUUGAUGGAUCUGAGCAUAAGUCGACCUAGUUCCAGGUUGAGUUGGGGGAUCAGGGUGCCGGAUGACGAAGAGCAUAGCAUCUAUGUUUGGGUCGAUGCGCUGACCAACUACCUCACGGUCGCCGGAUACCCAUUCUCCUCUUCCUCAGCGCAAGACGAAGGCAACCUGGCUUGGCCAGCAGACGUACACGUCGUGGGAAAGGACAUUGUUCGCUUCCACGCCAUCUACUGGCCUGCCAUGCUCCUCGCUGCCGGUCUUCCACCACCCAAAACCAUCCUGGCGCAUUCGCAUUGGACCAUGGGAAAGGCCAAGAUGUCUAAGUCCCGAGGAAAUGUGGCGAACCCGUUCGACGCCAUCGAGAUGUUUGGGCUGGAUGCAUUGAGGUACUUUCUCAUGCGCGUGGGUGGGAACUUCGGCUCGGAUUCGGACUACAACCCGGCGGUGUUGGUGGAGUAUCAUCGCAAGUAUCUGCAGGGACAGUUGGGCAACUUGGUCUCGAGGAUCUGUGCUCCCAAAAUCCACGCUAGGCUAGACGACUUCCCGCGAGACGAGAUCACAGGUGUUCUCGCACGACCUUCGUUGGAGCAAGUGGAAUCGCACCUGGACGAGGAAACGCUGUCAAUGUGCCGUGCGUUGGAAUCAGCACUCAUCGAACUACCCAGCAGGGUGGACUCGCUCAUGCAGGAGUACGAAGUCGGGAAAGUGCUCGAACUCAUCCUUGAAGACACCAUCGCGAGCACCAACGAACUCAUCCAACGCCUGCAACCUUGGUCCACCCAAACGCACCCCGUCGUCGUACUCGAAUCCAUCAUCCUGGUCACCGAAAGUCUACGAAUCUCCGCCUUGCUGUUGACACCGUUCAUGCCGGACAAGAUGGCCGCGUUGCUCGAUACGCUACGCAUACCAGAGGCGAAGAGAAAGCAUCCCAAGGAUCUGCUGGUUCGGGAUGACAGUGGCAGACUCGUUUCACACGUCCUGCAGAGAGGGGUGGGAGAGGGGAAGCCUCAACCUCUGUUUCCGAGGAUCGAGCUGGCGUGA